GUGUAGGUGGUUCAGGUAACGCUCCGUUGAUUCCAAUAUACCGGUAGGAAAAACCGGGCUCUCUGCGCUGUCAUUUAAAAGCGCCGGCAUCGCCCCACCCAUUUCACCUGCUGCUCUGACCAAGUGUACGAGAGACGAAAGAAGAAGAAACUCAGAAACAUGGCGCCCCCAAGACCUUCAGCUUACCGUAAAAGCCUCGGACGAGAUAAGGGAAAAGACUCUUUGUAUCUCGUCAGCUCUGAAGCAAGACAAAUGAAGGAACAGGAAAAAGACCAAAUGAAAAAGUUAAACAACCGACUUGUAAAUUACGUCGACAAAGUUCAUGACCUUGAAAUGAUGAACCGCUUUUUGACUGCUGAGAAUGAAAAACUGAAAAAACUUAACAAGACGGAAGAUGUGGACGUGUCUGCUAUCUAUGAUGAUGAGUUAAAAAGACUUCGCGAAAAAGUGGAGGAACUGCAAACAAAGAAUGCGGAGCUAGAAAUUGAGAAAGACAAUCUUCAAUACGAGCUCGAAGACGUCGUUGUUAAGCUUGAUACGGUGAAAGAAGAGAACAAAGAUUUGGAGAAAGAAGUCAAGAGUUUGAGCAAGGAUGUUGAUGACGCAACAAUUGAACGAGUUAGUUUGGAAGCUAAGAUUGAAAAUCUUCAAGAAGCUUUGCAGCUGGAGAAGCAAGUACACGAAGCUGAAAUGGAAAAUCUUCGCCGACAAGUUGCACCGGUUGAGGCGCCAGUGCUGCAAGCGGAACAAUCGAGUAUUCUACCAGAUCUCAACGAUGCCAUACAGAAAGUGCGAAAGCAAUAUGAAGCAUUUAAUGCGAAGUCGAUCGAAGAUUUGGAUAACUUUUACAAGGAAAAGGUGGAGUCAUUGACUAAACAACUGAAGGCAGCAAAUGACGACAUCAGAGACCUGCGAUCGGACAACUCUGAAAAGCGAAAGGUUAUUCACCAACUUGAAAUGGAAUUGGAGGCUCUUCGUCAAAAGAAUGACGGUUUGGAGCGUAAUCAAGAUGGGUUGGAGGAUCGCCAUGCAAGGGAAAUUGCCGAGUAUCAAGAACAGGUUGAGAAAAUGCGAUCGGACUUGGAUGGGGCUAAACAGGACAUCGGAAAGUAUCUAAAGGACUACCAGGACUUGAACAGCUUGAAGUUGAGUUUGGAACAAGAAAUCGCUAUCUACAACAAGAUCUUGAUGGGAGAAGAGCACAGGAUCGCUGUGAUCGAUACGAAGACAUUGGUGCUUGCAAACGACAGCAAACGUUCAUCAAGGUCUUCAUCCAAAUCAUCUUCACGAGCAUCAUCUAGGUCCUCAUCUUCCGCGAGAUCAACAAGCGAUAUUGUUGAAGAGAUGUUGGAGAAAGAUAGUCCACCCAAGGAACCAUCUACGUCAACACCCAAAGCUGAGUCAGAGAAAAGUUCUAGCGAUAACGAAGAACAAACCGUUAAAACAAACAAUAUCGAUGAAGUAAAAGAAGCGCUAGAGCUUGCAUCACCCCGCGAAGAAUCAGUUGAAACACCCGAGGGCGUGAUAUCUGUAAGCUGGAAAGUGAAGGGGGGAACGGUACGACCUAUCAAACCGUUUCAUCCACUUGGCGACGCUGAGCUGCUGCACAAAGCAAUGAAAGGAAUUGGCACUGACGAAGAAGCGAUCAGUGAAAUAUUGACCAAGCGCACCAAGGCGCAGAGAUUGGUGAUUGCGAAGCAUUACGAAGAAAAAUAUAAAAAGGAACUCUUGAAAGAAUUGGAAUCGGAAUUAAGCGGAAAUUUCUUGUCGGUUGUGCAACAUUUAAUGUGGAGGAAGAGCGUUCUUGACGCCAGAGCUUUACGGAAAGCGAUCAAAGGAUUUGGAACCGACGAGGCAGUGCUGAUUGAGAUUCUUUGUACUCAAAGUAGCAAAGAUAUUGAGGACAUUAAGCGAGAUUAUUAUGAAGUGUUUGAACGUGAUUUGACCAAGGACAUUGAAAGCGAAACAUCCGGGGUGUUCAAAAAGUUUUUGGUCGCAAUUAUGAAAGCAAAUCGACCUGCUGAUAGCGGAACAGUCGUUUCCAAUUUGGCUGAUGAGGACGCGAAGGCCUUGUUCGAAAUGGGAGUGAAGCAAUGGUCGCCUUCAAAUGACCGGUUCCUUGAGAUUUUCACACAGAGAAGCUACCAACAUUUGUGGUACCUAUUCAAACAAUCGUGGCCGAAACUAACAACCGUUGAUCUUAUCGAAACCGUGGAAAAAGAAUGCCCAAAAGAUUUGGUUCGAGGUCUCAAGACUCUGAUUCGCUUCUCAACUUGCAUCCCACCACUUUACUAUGCGAUCCAAAUCAACGAGACAAUGGCGGGCAAAGGCACCGAAGAAAAGCAACUUACAUACAUUGUGACGACACGAAGUGAGAUUGACUUGAUUGACGUUAAAGAAGAAUACGAACGUGUCUUCGGGGUCAAGGUUGAAAAGAGAGUUGAGGACGAAACAUCUGGAAAGUAUAAGAAGAUUCUUCUUGACUUGCUCAAUUAGAAUUGCUGACGAAACCACGUAAAUUACUGUACAUAAUAUUCUGGUUUUGAAACUUUGUUUCACCAAUUAAUGUUCCACCCAUUGCAGUACAGCACGCUUGUAUAUAGUUGUCAUAUAUAUUUAAUCAUUGGGAUUUACUUGAUUUGUAGUAUAUAUUAGGUUUCCCUACAUGACGAACUUCUAAUACUGUUUGAUCAAGUAAAUUUUAGAUAUCAUAAACAUUGACUGAUGAUGUAUUGCACUGCAUGCACUUUAUAUACUGUAGAAAACCAUAUAUACAACAUGUAUUGCUUAUAUACACCAUAUGAAAAUAAAUUGCAAAUGACCUAAAUGC